AUUGGGAUUCUUCCGUUCAGGAACAAAGUCUUGUUGCCUGGCGCAAUAAUUCGGAUUCAAUGCACUUCUCCAAGCAGUAACAAGUUUCUGCGUGUACAAAGUGGACAAUAUCUAGCACGGUUAGCCUGGGAUGUUACAGAUGGUACCAAGGCAGGAACUGGACUGGUGUGCCAGCGAGGAUGCUGGACUCCUAAGGGGGUGGAUUGUAAGAUCCCACAUUAGUUGGAGAGGGGAAUGAAGGUUUCCUCAUAACGGACCGGAUACCUUCUCAAUCAGACCCGUUUCAAAACUAUGAGUCCAGGUGUGUGGACAAUAUCUGGUACGAUUAACCUGGGAUGUUACAAGCUUCUCUGCUAAAUGCUUGUGUGUGAAAUUGGUGGAACAAGAACUGUGGCAGAGGGAGGAUAAAGGGUUGAUUGGCAUUCUGCCAGUUCGAGAUUCUGCAGAAACGAUCACAGUGGGAUCUAUGGUGACUCAAGGGGGUGACUUGGGUGGUAGAAGCUCCAAGAAUCAACCAGGCUUAUCAGAUUCUCACAAGCUUGAUGGGAAAAGUCAGGAACCCAUCCAUUGGCAUACAAAGGGAGUUGCUGCUCGUGCAUUGCAUCUAUCAAGAGGAGUCGAGAAACCAAGUGGAAGGGUUACCUACAUAGUAGUUCUUGAAGGCUUGAGCAGAUUUAGUGUACAGGAGCUCAACACAAGAGGAACAUACACUACUGCAAGAAUUUCCCCUAUUGAUAUGACAAAGGCUGAGAACUAGCUUUAAGCCCUGGUCUGUCAAGAUGCUGAGUUACUACGGUUUUCUAAUCUUAAUUAGAGAUGGAGCAAGUAGAACAAGACGCAGACUUCAUAGCAUUGUCUCGUCAGUUCAAACUCACUGCCAUGGAGCUUAUUUCUGUUCUUGAGCAGAAACAAAAAACUGGGGGGAGAACUAAAGUUCUACUUGAGACCGUUCCUGUGCACAAACUGGCCGAUAUAUUUGUUGCUAGCUUUGAGAUUAGCUUUGAAGAGCAGCUGUCUAUGUUAGACUCUGUUGAUGUCAAAGUAAGGCUUUCAAAAGCCACAGAAUUAGUUGAUAGGCAUUUACAGUCUAUUCGCGUGGCAGAGAAGAUUACGCAGAAGGUCGAAGGACAGUUGUCGAAAUCACAGAAGGAAUAUCUUCUACGUCAGCAGAUGAGGGCUAUUAAAGAAGAGCUUGGUGACAAUGAUGAUGAAGAUGAUGAUGUUGCUGCCCUUGAAAGAAAGAUGCAAGAUGCUGGAAUGCCUCCAAAUAUCUGGAAGCAUGCUCAAAGGGAAUUAAGGAGACUAAAAAAGAUGCAACCUCAGCAACCUGGGUACAAUAGCUCUCGUGUUUAUCUUGAGAUUCUUGCCGAUUUGCCAUGGCAGACAACCAGCGAAGAAGUUGAGUUGGACCUAAAAGCAGCAAAAGAGCGGCUUGACAGUGACCACUACGGCUUAGUGAAAGUCAAACAGAGGAUUAUCGAAUAUCUAGCAGUUCGCAAGCUGAAACCAGAUGCCAAAAGCCCGAUAUUGUGCUUUGUUGGCCCACCGGGUGUUGGGAAAACAUCUUUGGCAUCAUCUAUUGCUGCUGCUCUGGGUAGGAAGUUCAUACGGAUAUCCCUUGGUGGUGUGAAGGAUGAGGCUGACAUUAGAGGGCAUAGGAGGACAUACAUUGGAAGCAUGCCAGGGCGCCUCAUCGAUGGAUUGAAGAAAGUAGCUGUUUGCAACCCUGUUAUGUUGCUGGACGAGAUUGAUAAGACAGGAUCAGACGUCCGUGGGGACCCUGCUUCAGCACUGCUCGAGGUUCUUGAUCCUGAACAAAACAAAUCUUUCAAUGAUCACUAUUUGAAUGUUCCUUUUGAUCUAUCAAAAGUGAUUUUUGUGGCCACUGCAAAUAGGGCGCAGCCGAUUCCUCCGCCCCUCUUAGACAGAAUGGAAGUCAUUGAGCUUCCUGGAUACACAUCUGAAGAGAAGCUCAGAAUAGCAAUGCGCCAUCUAAUUCCACGUGUCCUGAAUCAGCAUGGCUUGAAUUCUGAUUUCCUUAAAUUUCCCGAGGCCAUGGUUAAACUUGUUAUUGAACGGUACACUAGAGAAGCCGGUGUGAGGAACCUCGAGAGAAACCUUGCCGCCUUAGCUCGUGCAGCAGCUGUAAUAGUCGCAGAGCAGGAGCAUAGUCUUCCAAUUAACAAAGAUAUGCACCAGAUUUCUUCACCGUUGUUGGAGAGUAGACUUGCCGAAGGAGGGGCUGAAGUAGAGAUGGAAGUCAUGCCAAUGGAUGUUAACAAUCAUGAAAUAUCAAAUGUAUUCAGGAUCAUGUCACCGUUGAUUCUGGAUGAAGAUAUGCUGGAAAAAGUACUAGGGCCUCCAAAGUAUGAUGAUAAAGAAGCGGCAGAGAGAGUUGUGACUCCUGGGGUUUCCGUUGGCCUAGUUUGGACCGCCUUUGGUGGAGAAGUCCAGUUUGUCGAAGCUACAGCAACUGCAGGAAAGGGGGAUUUGCACCUCACCGGACAACUGGGUGAUGUUAUCAAAGAAUCAGCACAGAUAGCACUCACAUGGGUAAGAGCUAGGGCGACUGAACUUAAUCUGGCUACUGAACAAGAAAGCAAUCUGCUUGAAGGACGGGAUGUUCAUAUACAUUUUCCAGCUGGAGCCGUACCAAAAGAUGGACCUUCAGCAGGUGUGACCCUUGUCACCUCACUAGUUUCGCUUUUCAGUCGGAGAAGGGUAAGAGCUGAUACAGCAAUGACAGGAGAGAUGACAUUGCGUGGUCUAGUUUUACCCGUAGGUGGUAUCAAGGAUAAGGUGUUGGCAGCACACCGCUACGGGCUUAAGAGGGUUAUCCUGCCAGAGAGAAAUUUGAAAGAUUUGGUUGAAGUGCCUUCAGCUGUUCUUGGAAGUCUGGAGAUACUAGUGGCUAAGAGAAUGGAAGAUGUACUUGAACAUGCUUUUGAAGGCGGUUGCCCGUGGAAGCAUCGUUCCAAGUUAUAAAGAGGAUAAAAACCUAACGUUCAAUCUAACAGAAAGCAAGCAACUUGGUUAUCAUUGGACUGCUACCACGGAGGCAAGGGAUCCCGAGUCGAAAUUAGAAAUUAUUUAUCCUGAUCCUGAUAUGUGUAAAAAUCGUUUAUAUUUUAAUCACAAAAUGUUCAAAUGUUGGUUUGGAUU